UUGCGUACGGAUCGCAGCUUUAAACUUCGAGUCUUGAUGCUCGGAAGGGAGAUAAAAGUUGACUUUCAGUUUAAUUAUCAAGUGAUUGAUAUUCUCGAUAAUAAAUAAUAAAAAAAAAAAAAAAAACGUUAGUGGAGUGAUUCUAACACUCUUUUAAAUCGGAAAUAGUUGAUCUAGGAUGAUCGUAAGAUGCUGAAAAAAUGUUAUUUCGUCUUUUGUUAUUUUGUGAUAUUUUUGCCACUGGUGCCGGGGUUUUCCAAAAGGAUUAAAUUGGGGAGCCUCUUCGAAGAAGAUGAUCCCCGUCAACAAGCGUUUUUACUCUCGGUAAAUGCGGUCAAUACAUUGCGGCAUACGGACGAGGAAUUAGCCAACUUUUACCUCGUCGCAGAUACUAAUACUGUCGUCAACGAUGCCUUCGAAGUUUCCGAACACGUUUGUACUCUUCUCGGGAAGGGAGUCGUUGCAAUUUUCGGACCUUUCGAUAAAAACGCGGCCGAACACGUGCAGAGCAUAUGUGACACAGUGGACAUGCCGAAUAUCGUUGCACGAUUGGAUGUCGAUCCAGGCAGAAUGCAGUAUUUUAACUUCUAUCCUCACGCCGAUGGACUUGCGAUGGUUCUUCUGGGAUUGGUGACCGAAUAUGAAUGGAAAUCGUACACAGUGUUGUACGACAAUUACGAUGGUCUUGUUCGUUCGAAUGAACUGCUCAAAAGAUGGAAUCCCAAGGGAUAUCCAGUGACCAUUCGACAUUUGGGAAGUGGGCCAGAUUUCAGGGACGUGCUGCUUGAAGUGAAGCAUUCGACGGACGUGAACAUCGUGUUUGAUUGUUCCAACGAAAUCCUCAACGACGUUCUCGUACAAGCACAGCAAGUGGGCAUUUUGUCCGAUCGCCAUCAAAUCAUUGUCAGCAAUUUGGAUCUCCACAAUCUCGAUCUAGAACCUUAUCAAUAUUCCGGAGUCAAUUUCACCGGAAUGCGAUUGGUGGACAUAGAAAAUGAGGACUGUGAAGGAACAUUCAACGAUUAUUUAUCGGAAAUGAAAUUGGAAAGUUUGUCACAAUUGAGCACAGAGGCUGCCCUCAUUUACGACAGCGUACAGUUUUUCGCAAGAGCUUUUAAACGAGCCACGGACGCUUUGGACGGGGACAUUAAAAAAAUGACAUGCGACAAUUUGGAAACUUGGGAGUUUGGCGCGAGUUUGAGCAAUUAUUUGCGCACCACGGAGAUGCACGGAUUGACCGGCUUGCUGAAAUUCCAAACAAACGGGCUGAGAAGCGAUUUCAAGCUUGACAUUUACCAACUGACUCCCGAUGGCCCCAAAACUACUGGCAUUUACAACAGUUCGACUGGAAUCAGUUGGCGAGUCUCUGAAAAUGCAGUAGCAGCGGUCGAAGACGAUGACAUGUCAAACAAGACUUUCAGAAUCCUCAUUGCCCUGAAUCCACCGUAUAACAUGCUGAAGGAAUCUUCAGCAAUGAAAGUGGGCAAUGAUCGAUACGAGGGUUAUGCCAUAGAAAUAAUCCACGAGCUCAGCAAAUUGUUGCACUUCAAUUACACGUUCAUCGAAACUGAUCCUGAUUAUGGCAGCAAGAGAAAAGAUGGCACAUGGUCUGGAAUGUUGGGUGCCAUCAUUGCGGGUGAAGCAGAUUUGGCCAUAACCGAUUUGACGAUUACUGCGGAGCGAGAAAGUGCCGUCGACUUUACGAUGCCAUUUUUAAAUCUCGGAAUAAGUAUCCUCUACAAAAAACCAAAAAAAGCACCACCCAAUUUGUUCUCUUUUCUGUCGCCGUUCUCCAAUCAGGUUUGGCUUUACUUGAGUCUCGCUUACAUGUUUUGCUCGCUAUUGUUAUUCGUAAUUGGAAGAAUGUGUCCAUCCGAAUGGGAUAAUCCCUAUCCUUGCAUCGAAGAACCAGAACAAUUGGAGAAUCAAUUUACCCUGAAGAAUUCAUUCUGGUUCACAAUUGGAGCCAUUAUGCAGCAGGGUUCUGAAAUCGCACCGAUUGGAAUGUCGACGAGAAUUUUCGCCGCUUCUUGGUGGUUUUUCUGUCUCAUUAUCGUUUCAUCUUACACGGCGAAUCUCGCGGCUUUUCUUGUCGUCGAAACCCCCGUUAAAACCAUCAAAUCAGCCGAGGACCUCGCCGACUUGGAUGGCGAAAUUCAAUAUGGCGCCAAGAAAGGGGGUUCGACUUUCAAUUUCUUCAAGGGCUCCAACUACUCGACUUAUGCAAAAAUGUAUAAAUACAUGGAGGAGCAUGCGGACGAAGUCCUCCCCGACAGCAAUGAACUGGGCAAAAAUUGGGUGCUCGAUCCAGACAAAAAAUAUGCGUUUCUUUCGGAAUCCUCGUCGAUUCAGUACAUCGAGCAGAGAGAAUGCGACCUGACACAAGUCGGUGGACUCUUAGACGCGAAAGGUUACGGUAUUGCGAUGCGAAAAAAUUACAAGUACAGAAACAGAUUUAAUACGGCGACGUUGCAUCUUCAGGAGACCGGAGCACUUACCCAAAUCCAGAAGAAGUGGUGGGAAGAAAAACGCGGAGGUGGUAAAUGCAAGGAGGAAGGUGGAUCGGCUGCUGCUUCGGAAUUGACUUUAAACCACGUCGGAGGUGUUUUCCUCGUACUAGGAAUCGGUGUUGCCCUCUCCGUGCCAUUUUCACUCUGGGAGUUAGUAUUCGAAGUCGGUCUUAUCGCGUACAAAGAAAAAUUAUCAUUCAAGAAAGAAUUCAUGGAUGAAAUGAAAUUCGUAAUGAAGUGCAAAGGAAGUGUCAAACCCGCGAGACAAAGGAAAUCUUCGUCUCAUGGUACUGAGGCCAGUACCGAAGGUGGUACGCCACCUUAUGGACCAGUACCAACAGUCAUAACAACGGCAGCGAAAGACGAAUUGGUGACGUUUCAGGAUAAUUGUAUCCGAAUUGUGCUCGCGAGGAAGUCGAGCAAGCGAGAGAUGCGAAAAAAAAAUUGGUUCACUCUUUUAUGGUUUGUCACAUCGGUGACAUCAGUACGAGCAUUUGUUAAAAACAUAAAAUUGGGAUUGUUGUGCGAGAAAAACGAUACAUUGCGGACUGCAUUCUCUGCAGCUGUAAAGCUCCACAAUCAAUCGAGAGGCAACAACAAUUGCUUGGCGCAGCUGUAUUUUCAUGAGGAAUUGUACGAUAUUGAAGACGACCUGUUUGCCACCCACGACGCAGCAUGCAAACUUUUCGACUCCGGAGUAGCCGCAAUCUUCGGGCCGAGUGGAAAAAAAUCUGCGCACGUGCAAAACAUGUGCGACGGAGCGGAUAUUCCGAAUAUCGUUGUGCACCCGGAGCUCGAGCCGAUGAGAAAUAGAGCUUUUAACUUUUUUCCUCAAACUGAGAUACUCGGAAAGUUGUUCGCAAACGUCAUAACAGAAUUUCAAUGGAAAGCUUUCACAAUAUUGUACGAAAGUUCUGACAGCCUCGUGGGUAUAGAUGCACUGUUGAAAAGGGGCAACCCUAAAAGCCACACUGUGGCGAUUCGUCACUUGGGUGCAGGAAGAGAUUUCAGAAAGGUACUGCUCGAUGUGAAAAAAACGAAAGUGGAAAAUCUCGUGAUCGAUUGCUCGUACAAUAUUCUCGAACUCGUACUCCGACAAUGUCAGCAAGUUGGUCUCAUGUCUGACGGUCAUAGCAUCAUGGUGACAAAUUUGGACUUGCAUACGAUUGAUUUGGAACCGUAUCAAUAUUCGGGUGUGAAUUUGACGGGGUUUCGUCUGAUUGACCUUGAAUAUGCGGCCCCGGGAUUGAAUUUCGAACGAUUUUUAUACGAUGUGAGAGUCAACGACAUUGGCCAACUGCGGGUUCCAUCUGCUCUUAUGUACGACGCAGUGAUUCUUUUCUCAACAGCAUUGCAGCGAGCUCUGAAAUUCCGUAACGGUGAAGCCCAAAAACUAAAGUGCAAUGGUUCGGAUUAUUGGGAUUUUGGUACUGUUUUGAACAACUACAUUCGCACCACUGAAAUAAGAGGAGUGACCGGAGUCGUUAAACUCAGUCACAACGGAUUACGCGAAGAUUUCAAGCUCGAUGUCGUUAAUUUGCAACGUGACGGUUUACAAACAAUGGCGUAUUUCAAUAGCACGCAGCAGUUCAUUGAUUGGGAGCCAAAUGAAAGGUUGAAAGCCCUCGCCGAAAAGGAUGAUUUGCAUAAUAAAACUUUCAGAGUUCUCAUCGCACUGGUUGACCCGUACAACAUGCUUACUAAAUCAGCACUCCCACAAUCUGGCAACGACCGUUACGAAGGAUUCGCCAUUGACAUUAUUCACGAGAUCAGCAAAAUUUUGAAUUUCAAUUAUACUUUCAUCGAAUGCCAAGACUAUGGAGACGUCGAUAAUGUCACUAAAAGAGCGACUGGCAUGAUCGGUAAACUUGUGAGGGGGGAAGCGGAUUUGGCGAUAACGGAUUUUACCAUUACAUCGAAGCGCGAAAAUUUGGUCGAUUUUACGAUGCCUUUCAUGAAUUUAGGUAUCAGUAUACUUUAUAGAAAGCCAACAAAAGCAGCACCGAGCCUCUUCUCGUUUCUCUCGCCCUUCUCGAACAACGUGUGGCUCUACUUGAUGGUCGCAUACGUAGUUUGCUCCUUUCUGCUGUUCAUCAUCGGCCGUAUGAGCCCAAAAGAAUGGACGAAUCCUUACCCCUGCAUCGGAGAGCCUGAGCAGCUCUACAACCAGUUUACGCUCAAAAACUCUUUUUGGUUCAUGGCCGGAGCAUUGAUGCAGCAAGGAUCUGAAAUUGCGCCAAUUGGCAUAUCAACAAGAACUUUGGCUUCGUCUUGGUGGUUUUUCACCCUCUUAAUUAUUUCUUCGUACACGGCUAAUCUCGCCGCGUUUCUCGUGGUCGAAACAAACGUGAAAAUCAUCAGGUCGGCCCAGGAUCUGGCCAACAUGAACGGAGCGAUCAAAUAUGGUGCUAAAAAAAAUGGCGCCACGUGGGAAUUCUUCUCGAAUAACGAUUCUCCGAUGUAUGCGAAAAUGCAUGAGUACAUGCAGAACAAUCCAGACGUGAUGACCUCUUCGAACAAUGAGGGUGUUAGUAGGGCGUUGGAUAAUAAUCAAAAUUAUGCUUUUUUAAUGGAAUCUUCGUCGAUCGAGUAUAUCACGCAGAGAAAAUGUAAUUUAACUCAAAUUGGUGACUUAUUGGAUAACAAGGGUUAUGGAAUCGCGAUGCCCAAAAAUGCAGAGUACAGAAAAAAGUUCAGUGAUGCUGUGCUGCAUUUGUCAGAGAAGGGAGUCCUUCGCAAACUCAAAACAAAGUGGUGGGAGCAGAAAAAUAAUGGUGGAGCUUGUGACGGUGAUCAAUCAGCCUCCGCCUCUAAACUGACUCUGGAUCACGUAGGUGGGGUUUUCCUCGUUCUUGGACUCGGGGUAGCUUUUUCCAUGAUCUUUGCACUUUGGGAAUUUGCCUGGCAUAUUUGUUGCACUUCUUAUAAGGAAAAUUUGUCAUUCAAGGACGUACUGAUAGAGGAGUCGAGGUCGAUAAUCAAGGCAAAAUCGAGCGUCAAGUCAGCGAGGAGACGAACACAAUCAUUGGAAAUAAUGGAUUCGAGCACGAGAGCGAGUACACCAGCCUUCGGAUUUGGUCCAACAGUCGUGAUGACGCCAUCGGACGACGAAUGAUUUUUCGAUCAGUGAUCGUUUUUUUUUCAUUUUUAUAUUCAAUGACAAGGAUGAAAAACGCCUUCAUAGCUAAGCAACAGUCGAGCUGUGAAUAGCAAUGAAUCUUGGAUGUUAGUAAAUAUUUCUUCAGUG